AUGAUGGACGACGGAAACACAGAUUGGAUACUCGUAGUUGACGUGGACGAUAUCACAGACUGCGAACAGAUACAGAGAUACGAGGUUGUUCGCAGUCCGGACUACGUGCCCGCAUUUCAGUGUAAUUUGCUUAGCCUUACUGCUGAAGCACAGCCACCGGAAAUCGAUUGGAAUCCGGGUGACGGAGUGCUGUUUGUUGCAGUCAUACGUUUACCGCGUCAACCGUCAUCUGCGGCCCUGUAUACGGAUCAGUUUGAUGAAAUCAGUGCGAAAUAUGCCUCUUUUGUGAACUCGUUACAUUUCAAGCUAGAUUCCAUGCUCCCUUCAAGUGACCCGGUAUUUGCUCCGUUUCAUCUGAAUCCGUCCCCACCGGAUGACGAGGCCAAAUUUCGCGACCUCAGUCCACCGUCGCCUGCAUCAACUGCGCUAUCAACCUACACACAAGGUGUGAUUCGAUUAAUUAAUCUCAAUCCACCUCUACCCCCGUCCACGUUGGAUCUGGCUCUGAAUGCGCUUAGGCAGGAGUGGAUCAACCGGGCUCGGCUGUUGUACGCCUUCAAACGAUGCCAGGGUCCAAUAAUGGCGGGNCGACGAUGGGCUGGUGUGUUGGCAAGUAUCGAUUGUACCAAUUUGGAAAAUGCCAAUGUGGCACGGUUCUGGCAAGGCGCUUUGAGUCAAUACUCACGACAGAAUACUUGUCACAUACGACGGCGUCUCACGAACUCCACCAACGUUUCUCGCAAGAGCUCACGUUGUUCAAGCACGGUGGAUGUGACUGCUGCGUUGGCCGCCGCGUCUUUGGUAGACCAGUGA